AUGGCCCCGUCAGCAGAGCUACGUAAAAAGGUCGGACAGUUAUUUGCUGUCGGCUUUCAUGGGCUUACUCCAGAUACUGGAAUUAGAACCCUGAUUCGCGACUACGACCUUGGAGCAGUGAUUUUAUUCAAGCGAAAUAUCAAAGACGCCGAUCAACUCAAGGCUUUGACGCGAGACCUUCAGCAAGAAGCAAAAGAUGCCGGUCAUGAAUUCCCCCUAUUCAUCGGCAUUGACCAAGAAAACGGCCUUGUGACUCGAGUAUGCCCUCCCAUUGCUGCACAACAACCAGGGCAGAUGGCUCUAGGCGCCACCGGAUCUAGCAAGUAUGCAUACGAGGUUGGAAAAGCAACAGGCGAGGUACUAGAUUUCUUUGGCAUAAACAUGAACUACGCGCCUGACUGUGACAUCAACUCUGAACCAUUAAACCCUGUGAUUGGCGUGCGCAGUCCUGGAGAUAACCCCGAGUUUGUAGCGAAAAUCACCAGUGCCACGGCCCAGGGGCUUCGAGAGCGAGGUGUUGUUCCAACCGUUAAACAUUUUCCUGGCCAUGGUGACACGGCUGUAGACUCGCACGUCGGUCUUCCGGUUAUCACCAAGACUCGUAGCGAGCUUGAGAAAUGUGAGUUGGUGCCGUUUAGGCGCGCUGUGGCAGAGGGUAUCGAGGCGGUGAUGACAGCUCAUAUCGCGUUACCAGAGAUCGGGCAGGAAGGGCUACCAGCGACACUGUCGUCAGAUGCAUUGAACAUACUGCGGAAGGAUAUGAAAUAUGAUGGGGUCAUUAUCACAGAUUGUCUUGAGAUGGAUGGUAUUCGCGCGACAUAUGGGACUGUCGAGGGGGCGUUGAUGUCAUUGAAAGCGGGUAGUGAUAGUGUGAUGAUAUGCCACACUUAUGAGGUGCAAGUGCGUGCUAUUGAUAGGGUAUGUGAGGCAGUAGAAUCGGGUGAUUUACCUACUUCACAGAUUGACGAUUCGCUGCGUCGAGUCACUGCUUUGAAGAAGCGGUUCGUCACUUGGGAGCGUGCUUUGGAGACUUCGACAACAGUGGAUGACUUGGCAAGGCUUAAUGGUGCCCACCAAGAUCUUGCUAAAGAUGUGUACUCACAUUCGGUAACUGUCGUUCGAGAUGAAUCCAAUCUCUUGCCAAUUUCUGCAUCUUCGAAUGUGCUUUUCCUAUCCCCUGGAGGAAGAAUUCCAGCAGGCGGGGCAGUCGAUGAAAGUGGUCCUAAACAUAAGACAUUUCUCAAUGUUUUAGAAGCUCACUGUUCGAAAGUUACUGAGAUUAAGUAUUCAGAAACAUCCCUUUCAGACGAGGAAUGGGAACUUGUUAAAGAAGCCGAUGUGGUGGUCCUAGCCACCAGAAACGCAAGGGAGGCUGAAGAACAACUAAAUCUUGGCUUCGAGCUUGCCAAGCGCAAAGACAAUCUCAUUGUUAUUGCAACAUGCAAUCCGUAUGACUUCCUUGAUGACAUCGACAUCAAAACUUAUCUCGCUACUUACGAGCCCACCGUGGAGGCGUUCUCAGCCGCUGUUGAAGUGAUUUUCGGACAGGCAUCUGCAAAGGGAAGUUUGCCGGUUGAAUACAAUAUCAAGCGUACGAAGAAGUCGGGUGACGAUAUACAGAUAUCUCCUUAUGGAGGCGAUAAUGAUAUUGAAGGAAUAGUAAAAGUGUGA